UGAUAGGCUAGCCUAGUUAACAAAUCCUGUGCCGAAGUUAAAAUGUUUUCGCGCUGAAAGUGUAAUUUUGUAGUUGUAGUAUCAGGAUCUAGAAAAAUUCUAGAUUAAGUAAUUGUAACUUAAUUGAUUUAUAGUUUCUUUAGAAACAGAAGAAAAUUGGAAACAGUUUUAAAGUACUUGAAGUUUUUAUGCAUAAUUUGGAUUACUCUAAAUUGGAAUGGAAGUUUUUCUUAACUGUGAUGUAACCCAAAUCUUAAGGAAUAAAUUUGUUGUAAUAAUUGGAGAUUCCAUCCAGCGAGGGAUCUACAAAGAUCUUGUGCUGUUGCUCCAAAGUGAUAGAUAUCUGACUCAAAAAGAGCUGCGGUCCAAGGGAGAAUUCAGUUUCCUCAAUGAUGAGCUCAUAGAGGGUGGACAGAAGGGGACUAUGUCAAAUGGCAUCAGCUACAAGGAAGUGCGAGAGUAUGUCACAAAUGUGCAUCUGGUUAGGUUUUACUUUGUGACCAGAUGCUACAACAGUUAUGUUGAAACACUUCUCAAAGACCUGGCUAAGGAUAAAUUAGGCCAGCCAGAUAUCAUCAUACUCAAUUCUUGCCUUUGGGACAUAUCCAGGUAUGGACCAGACUCUUUCAUGGAUUACAAGGAGAACUUGGUCAAACUUUUUGAACUGUUCUCUGAUUAUUUUUCAAAGCAAUGUCUCAUCAUCUGGAAUACAGCGCUGCCCAUUUCUAGUAAAGCUAGAGGGGGCUUCCUGGUACCAGAAAUUGAGUUUAUGAGCUCAUCCUUGAGAAUGGAUAUUUUGGAGGCUAAUUUUUUUGCAGGAAAGCUUGCUACUCAACAUGGCUUUGAUGUUCUUGACCUUCACUUUUACCUGAGGCAUCACCUGGACAGGCAGGUGAAAGAUGGAGUACACUGGGACCACUUAGCUCACCGCCACAUCUCCAACCUCCUCCUGAGUCACAUAUGUGAAGCCUGGAUGAUCACCAUGCCAGCCAACAGACCAGCUUAUUUUGGUAGCUACGGCUCAGUCAACUGCAGGAAUGGCUUCUACCAACAGUUCCCAACAACCACACCCACAUUUACAGAUUGUACUUAUGACAAUAACUUUAACACAGGAUUCAAUGUAUCAGUGCCCAUUGUCAAUAAUGGUGACUGGUUGAAUCAUCAGUACUACCAGUGGCAGCCCUAUGAACAAAACUCAACGGCUGGAGCAACCUAUGCAGAGUCAACCUCACGCCGUAAACCUUACCACAGAAACAGACGGUAAACAAUUUGUGGUUUUUACAUUUUAAAGUGGAUGUUUUAUUGAACUUUCCAGAAAUCUGCUUUACAAUCAGGACAGUUGAUUCACAAGUCUUGUAUAAUUACAUUUUUUAAAUGAUAAAUCAAAACUUUACUUUUGGUUAUGGCACAGGUAUCUUUAAUUUUUAAGAAUUAGAAGUCCAUUUACACUUCUUUUAUGAGCUUUUUCUUGUUUGACUUAACUUAAGGAUACAAUCAUUCUGAUCCAAUUAUAAAUCACCGUGUGACCAACAAAAGUUUUGGUUCUAACAAAUAAGCAGUUAGUGUACCCUGGUGAUAGUUUAGUUUUAUGUUUCUUAACUAGUAAACAAAACUAAAAAUGUGUUAUGUAAAUUUUGUUUUUUUAUACGGGUGCAUUAAUUAUGUAACUGUUGAUAUGUAAUUUAUUUUUGUUUAUGUUAACAGGCCAAAUAGCCUAAGUCAUUUUUUUAAAACUUCAUAAUUUUGUAGUUUUUUUUAUAUUUAUAUAUGUACAUAAAUUUUUUGAUAAUGAAAAUUGAUAAAUGUUUUGUUUUAUCCUAUGUUUUCUUCUGAAGGUUUUUGGCUAUUUACUCUCGGUUAAAAAUAAAUAGAAUACCCGUAACUUUUUUUUAAUGUAUGAAAUUUGCAUAAAAACAAAAGAAUAGGUAAUACAGUAGUGGAACUUGUAUAGUGUCUAGAGAUUUACAGUUUAAAAUUAACUGGUAGAAUAUUCAUCACUCGCCACAUUUGUAUUCUUUCACUUGGUGUAGAGUUGUUCACAUUUCGAAUUUUCCGAUGAACCAGUAAGGAAAAACUGGCAUGUAAAUAAUAAUACUUGAGUUAAUGAUGUUUUCAUCUGUGUAACACAAGCAUUUUGGUUUUCAUUCUGUUGCUUCUUGUACAUACAAUGUAGUAAAGUUAUUAUCUAGUCCCAAGGUUUGUUCCAAUUAAAACAGCUAUUUAAAAAUUGAGACAAUGUUUUUCUUUUACAUUAAAACUGUUUAUUGAUCCAAAAAUUGUUUCCAUGUGAUACAUUUAUGAACCAAAAAAUACUAGCAUCUUAUUUAGUCACUGCCAAAAGUUGGUUGUCUACGUUAGUAUGUACGUGACCUCCACAUUGUGUGGCUGAUGUUACACUUACAGACUGAGGCUCUAGUAAAACAGCACAUUCCUUGUUUUGACAUUCUUUCUAUGAGAAUUAAAUAAUUUACUGAAAGUUUUUUUAAUAAAACCAUUUUUAUUAAA